ACCGAAGAUUGGGGGAAGAGGCUGUUAGACAAGGGAGAGAGAGCAGAAUCGGUUGGAGGAGGAGGAGGAGGGCAGGAUAGAGGGAAGAAAAGUGUAGGAGGCGGUUGAGGGAGGAGAGACCGGGCUAGGCGUGGGGGUGUGGCAGGGAAAGAGCCCCAGGGGCUCCCAGGAGGCUUCCAUGGAAGGAAUUGGGGGAGAAAUCCUGGGUCAGGGUAGCUGCGGUCUGGAAGAUGCUCCAGACCUUUUGGCUCGAGCCUCCUUGGCCCUAGUGCCUCCGUGGCCUUUGCCCCUCGCCUCAUCUGCCCUUACCUUGCUUCUGGGAGCCCUCACCUCCCUCUUCCUCUGGUACUGCUAUAGGCUGGGCUCCCAAGACUUGCAGGCCCUGGGGCCCGGGGGCCAGGAAGGGGGUGUCAGUGGUGGAUCAGACAGAUGCUCCGAGGCUAGCAGGGCAAGCCCAGGAAGCUCUGGGGAUUCUGGGUUAGGACCCAGGACCGAAGGCCUCGUGAGCCGCCGGCUCCGUGCCUACGCCAGGCGCUACUCCUGGGCAGGGAUGGGUAGGGUGAGGCGAGCAGCUCAGGGUGGCCCAGGCCCUGGGGAAGGGGCAGGGGUACUGGGCAUUCAGCGACCAGGCCUGUUUUUCCUGCCAGACUUGCCCUCUGCCCCCUUUGUGCCACGGGAUGCCCAGAGGCAUGAUGUGGAACUCUUGGAGAGCAGUUUCCCUGCCAUUUUGCGGGACUUUGGGGCUGUGAACUGGGACUUCUCAGGGUCUGCCCCUCUACCUCGGGGCUGGUCCCCACCCCUGGCCCCUGGAUGUUACCAGCUCCUGCUAUACCAAGCAGGCCGGUGCCAACCCAGCAACUGCCGCCGUUGCCCGGGUGCCUAUCGGGCACUGAGGGGGUUGCGGAGCUUUAUGAGUGCCAACACCUUCGGCAAUGCUGGUUUUUCUGUCCUCCUGCCUGGGGCCCGACUAGAGAACCGCUGUGGGCCCACCAAUGCUCGGGUGAGAUGCCAUCUGGGUCUGAAGAUCCCUCCUGGCUGUGAGCUGGUGGUUGGGGGUGAGCCCCAGUGCUGGGCUGAAGGCCACUGUCUAUUGGUGGAUGACUCUUUCCUGCACACGGUGGCUCAUAAUGGUUCCCCUGAAGAUGGGCCCCGAGUGGUUUUCAUUGUGGAUCUUUGGCACCCAAAUGUGGCUGGAGCUGAGCGCCAGGCCCUUGACUUUGUCUUCGCACCAACUCCUUGAAGGAAGCUGCUCCUUUCAUCUCUCUGGGUCAAGAUGCUGCAUGCAGGGAUGGCGUGGCUGGGAGCCAGGAGCUUCUCUUUAACUGGGGGUGGUCCGGGUGGAGGGUGGGAGCUGGCCAGCUAACACUAAAUACAGAUUUU